GUUCUAUCUACAUUAUCUAAUUUGGUGGAUACUAUACCUCCAACUGAAAACUCAAAAUCACGUUUUGGAAACCCAGCAUUUCGAGACUUUUAUGAUAAAGUUCAAAAAGAUUUCGAUCAAUUGUUUCAAGGUAUCAUUCCUACUGAUGCUUUGAAAGAAGUAUCUGUCUACUUUACUGAAAGCUUUGGUAAUCGUAGACGUAUUGACUAUGGUACAGGUCACGAAGCAAAUUUUAUGGCAUGGCUGCUCUGCCUGGAAAAGAUUGGUGUAUUGACAAUAAAGGAUGAUCAAGCAGUAGUAUUACGUAUAUUUGUAUCAUAUAUUUCUCUUAUGCGAAAGUUACAAUUCGAAUAUUGGCUUGAACCAGCUGGAUCACACGGUGUGUGGGGUUUGGAUGAUUAUCAUUUCCUACCAUUUUUAUUUGGCGCUUCGCAACUCUUUGAUCACAAAUACAUCAAACCUAAAUCAAUUCAUGAUCAUGAAGUGGUGGAUGAAUUUUCCAAGGAUUAUAUGUAUUUGGCCUGUAUCAAAUUUAUUAACACAGUCAAGACCACGGCAUCAUUACGAUGGCAUUCACCAAUGUUGGACGAUAUCUCAGCAUGUAGAGUAUGGAGUAAGGUGAAUCAAGGAAUGAUUAAGAUGUACAAGGCUGAAGUGCUUGGAAAAUUACCUAUCAUGCAACACUUUAUGUUUGGUUCUCUUAUUCAUUUCGAAGGUGGAAUAGAACAAGCGACCACUAUGCAUGAUGAUUGUGGUCAUGUACAUAAUAAGACUGCUGUGGUUGGUGAUGGUAACAAGGAAGAUGUAUUUGCUCUUGGUCAAGAAUAUCCUGAUUGUUGUGGUAUCCCUGUUCCUAGUGCCAUAGCUGCUGCUGGAUUGAAAAAUCGUGACAAGAUGACAGCAAGACCUAUUCCUUUUGAUUAG